AGCAGCUGACAUGUCCAUCAUCAAGAACUGCGACUGUCAAAGUUGUUAUUUUUAUUUUCGCACAACCACCCAGGCAAAUGCACCAAUUUGGAAAAAUUAAAUAAAUUGCCAUAAUGACUAGCUUCGCUGCAUAAGUAAUUGUGGCCAAGUAGUGCAUUCAACUCACUCAAAUUAAAUGCAUCAGCAAUUAGUGUUUUCACAGUGGUGCUGUGCUGUUCCGAAUCGAUGUAAAAACCAUUCAACAGAUAACGAUUUGUCGCAUUAAAGAUAAUAGUGAAAAAUGAUAAUUUGUUCAUUCGGAAUGUGUGAUUAAAUGACAAUCGAGACUGGAUGUGUACCUUAAAAUCCAUUUUAAAAUAGUGCCGUGUCAGUAGUUGGCAGAUAAAUUUUUUUUGUAAACUUUGUAUGUGGUGCCGUGCCAUAGUUACGUAUUGUGCAAAUAUGAAUAAGAAAAUUGUGAUAAUCGGUGCUGGAGCAUCUGGAAUUGCAUGCGGGACAAAGUUAAUGUCAAACGGAUUCCAAAAUAUCGUCAUCUUAGAAGCGGAAAAUCGAAUUGGCGGCCGGAUUCAUACAAUUCCAUUCGGAAAGAAUGUGGUUGACCUUGGGGCACAGUGGUGUCAUGGUCAAGUGGAUAACGUUGUUCAUGAGCUAGGCAGCAAAUAUGACGUGUUCGCGUCCAACACCGCCAAAUACGAUGGUUCCAGGUUCUAUCAGUCUGAUGGCACGGAAUUGUCGUCGGAAAUCGGUAACAAAUUGAUGGGAUUAGUUAUAACAAUUGUGGAAGAGUUUAAGGAAGAGAUGCAGAAGUAUCAGGGUUCGUUGGGUAAUUUCGUGGUGGAAAAAUACCAGGAGGCAUUGCGUACCGAGAAUUUCAAGAAUUUCGAUGCGAACGUUUGCCAGCAAUUUUUGGAUUUCUUUCACAAAUAUGAGAAUUCCAUCGAAGCAUCGGACACAUGGUUCGAAACGUCGUGCAAAGGUUAUUGUGAAUAUUGGGACUGUGAUGGUGAUAGGUUGCUGAACUGGAAGGAUAAGGGCUAUCGAACGGUAUUCGAUUUAUUGAUGAAGAAAAUACCGAAUCCAGCAGAUGCCAUUCCGAUCGAAGACAAGAUUUUGUUCAACAAAACUGUGACGAACAUCGAUUGGAAACACACCAAAGAGCCGGCGGUGACGAUAACGUGUUCUGAUGGCACAGCUUUGGACGCUGAUCAUGUAAUCGUCACAACAUCUCUUGGUGUUUUGAAGGAGAAACAUCUGCAACUAUUCAAUCCACCCCUGCCACCUAAAAAAGUGUCGGCAAUCGAAGGCUUGGUCUUGGGUACGGUAGACAAAAUCUACUUGGAAUUUGAAAAGCCAUUUUGGGACAAAGAUUGGGAAGGAUUCAGUCUCCUGUGGAAGGAGUCCGAUUUAUUGAAAGUUAGACAAAUGGAGCACAAUUGGUUGGAGCAUGUGUUCGGCUUCUAUGUGGUUGACUAUCAACCGAACAUUCUUUGUGGCUGGAUAUCAGGACCUAAUGCACGACGCAUGGAACUGGCUACGGACGAAGACGUUCGUAAUGGCGUUAUGGUGCUAUUGAGAAUGUUCUUACGAACGUACAAUGUACCGGAUCCGAUCGCAAUCAGACGCACUCAAUGGUAUUCGAAUCCUCAUUUUCGAGGUUCAUACACAUUUCGAUCGCUCAAAUCGGAUAUGUUGAAUGUUGGUCCAUCAGAUCUGGCCGAACCAAUAACGAAUUACCAAGGAAAACCGAUCGUACACUUUGCUGGCGAAGCGACCCAUGACCAUUACUACAGUACGGUGCAUGGAGCAAUCGAAAGUGGUUGGCGGGAAGCGAAACGAAUUGUGGAUCUGUACAAAGCCAAUUCAAACGACAUGAAAAUAAAAAAUCCCAAUGGUCGCAGUGCUAAGGACGGCACUGGCAAUUAUGUCGAUGUUCUAAUCAUCGGAGCUGGACUGGCCGGUCUAGGAGCGGCAACGAAACUACAGUCAACUGGCCAACGUUUCCUCAUUUUGGAAGGACAGGCGAAAGCCGGCGGACGCGUGAACACACUGAACAUGAGACGUAAUGUCAAAUCGACUGAUUCAAAUGAAAAUCGCAAAUCAACGGAAAGUGAUGAUGAGUGUAUUCAGUCGACCAAAACGGAUUUCGUGGAUGCGGGCGCCUCGUGGCUUCAUGGAAAAUUUAACCAUCUUCAUGAUAUAGCCGAAAGAUAUGACUUACUGUCCACCGAGCAGUCAGAGGAAGGUCUUGGCGCGUAUUUAAGAGAUGACGGUGAAGCGAUCGACGACUAUUUUGUGAAAAAAAUUGACUUCCUCAUCGGACAGAUACUGAGCAAAUGUGAGACCUAUGCACGAGAGGACCAGACUGAUUAUCCGAAGUCAGUGUAUUCGUUCCUGUUAGACAACUUUAGCAAAUAUUUGGAUACGCUAGAAGAUGCCACGCUCAAAGUAACCGCUCAACAACUAUUCGACUGGCAUGUACGCUUUCAAGUGAUUGACAACUCCUGCCUUAAUUUGGACCAUGUAUCAGCGAAAAGCUGGGGUGCCUACUCCUACAACGGUGAAAGUUGUCAGGCUCAUUACAAUUUUCGUAAUGGUUUCAGUGCAGCCAUCGAAGCAUUAUGCAAUCAAGUUGAUCGCAAAAAUAUUCUUUUUAAAAAAGAGGUGGUCGAAAUUGUGACUAGCGCCAGUUGUCCGAGAAUUUCUGUGAAAUGUUCCGACAACACUAUUUAUCACGCAAAUCACGUUAUAGUGACCCUUUCACUCGGCUGUUUGAAGACCAAUUUACAUACGAUGUUCAGACCGGCAUUACCACACGCAUACGUGCAAACCAUUCGAGACAUUGGAUUCGAGACAAUCAACAAGAUAUUUAUUCAAUUCGAACAUCCUUGGUGGAAAGAAAUGGACGGAAUUCAACUGAUUUUCAGGAAUGACAAUUACAAGGACCACAACUGGACUAGACACAUAUCCGGAUUUGAUGUCAUGAAACCGGGGCCAUCCAACACAUUACUUGCAUGGGUCGGUGGCCGGGGUGCCAUAGAAAUGGAAAAGCUAACCGAUUCACAAGUAAUUCACGAUUGUAUUGCACUCUUAGCACAAUUUACAAAAUCCGAAAUUCCCGCACCAAUCAAAUACUAUUGCACCCGUUGGUAUUCGAAUCCCAUUUGUUAGAGGAGCUUAUAGUUACAUUAGCACGGAUUGCGAUAAGAACGGCACGUCGAGUCGGUUACUAUCCAAGCCAAUAACUGUGGCCGAUCUUUCUUUGAGUGUAAAGGGGUUGUCCACACAAUUUGCUAAAAAUCUCAUAAUGCCGGCUGACUUAGAUUCGGUCAAUAAUCAAAGGCAGGAGGUGGUAAUGGAUUGCCGCAUCCCAUUAAUACUGUUUGCCGGAGAAGCGUGUCAUCAACAGUAUUUUUCGACGGCACACGGGGCGUUCUUGUCAGGUAUUGAACAGGCGGAGAAAAUUUUAAAUUUUUGCCAGAAGUGAGUUCCGCUACUUUUGUAGAUUCAAAUAGACAAAUUCAUCAAAAACCUUUUUUCCGAAUAAAAUAAAGAUUUAAUUCAGCAAACCGAAUG